AGCCCGCAGCGGCUUCCGGCUCAGAGCGCUCCGGGCCAGGAGAGCGGGCGGGCGCCGGGCUCAGGGCGGUGCGGGCGGCGAGGCAGGCGGAGGAGGCGCAGAGGAAGCCGGGUGGCCGGGGCGCUGCAGCUGGCGGCGUCGGAGCCGCAGCCUCGGGCCCCGGCGCGCCCCUCGCACCAGGUCUCUGCGCCCAGGGCGCACCGUGGGGAGGGAGGCGGCGCCGGCUGCCCGGCCACCAUGGAGCCGGCCCCCUCCACCGAUGCCGAGCUGCAGCUCCCUCUCCUCGCCAACGAGUCGGACGCCUUCCCCAGCGUCUUUCCCAGCUCGGGCGCCAAUGCGUCGGGGCCGCCAGGCGCACGGAGCGCCUCGUCCCUCGCCCUGGCUAUCGCCAUCACUGCGCUCUACUCAGCCGUGUGCGCCGUGGGGCUGCUGGGCAACGUGCUUGUCAUGUUUGGCAUCGUCCGGUACACGAAGAUGAAGACAGCCACCAACAUCUACAUUUUCAACCUAGCCAUGGCAGACGCACUGGCCACCAGCACGCUGCCCUUCCAGAGUGCCAAGUACCUGAUGGAGACGUGGCCCUUUGGGGAACUGCUCUGCAAGGUUGUGCUCUCCAUUGACUACUACAAUAUGUUCACCAGCAUCUUCACACUCACCAUGAUGAGUGUUGACCGCUAUAUUGCCGUCUGCCACCCUGUCAAGGCCUUGGACUUCCGCACCCCCGCCAAAGCCAAGCUGAUCAACAUCUGCAUCUGGGUGCUGGCCUCAGGUGUUGGUGUACCCAUCAUGGUCAUGGCUGUGACCCGCCCCCGGGACGGGGCAGUGGUGUGCAUGCUCCAGUUCCCCAGCCCCAGCUGGUACUGGGACACGGUGACCAAGAUCUGCGUGUUUCUCUUCGCCUUCAUCGUGCCCAUCCUCAUCAUCACGGUGUGCUACGGCCUCAUGCUGCUGCGCCUGCGCAGCGUGCGCCUGCUGUCGGGCUCCAAGGAGAAGGACCGCAGUCUGCGGCGCAUCACGCGCAUGGUGCUGGUGGUGGUGGGCGCCUUCGUGGUGUGCUGGGCGCCCAUCCACAUCUUCGUCAUCGUCUGGACGCUGGUGGACAUCGACCGCCGCGACCCGCUCGUGGUGGCCGCGCUGCACCUGUGCAUCGCGCUCGGUUACGCCAACAGCAGCCUCAACCCCGUGCUCUACGCCUUCCUCGACGAGAACUUCAAGCGCUGCUUCCGCCAGCUCUGCCGCGCGCCCUGCGGCCGCCGCGACCCCGGCAGCUUCAGCCGCGCCCGCGACGCCACGGCCCGCGAGCGGGUCACCGCCUGCACCCCCUCCGACGGUCCCGGUGGCGGCGGCGCCGCCUGACCGGGCCGGGCCGGCCCGCCGCGCGCCCCUCCGGACUGGCCUGGCGAUCGCACCGACUUCUAAUGAGGGCGGGGCCACGACGCGGGAAGAGGCGGAAGGGGGCCGGGCUUGAGACCAGACAGGGGCCGAGAGAUGGGGCCCCUGCGGUG